AAAUACAGCAUCCUUACCGAAUCAAUUCCGACAACCAUAUUAAUUACUAAGGCAAUAUAUAUUAUAGAAAUCUGUCGGAAGCUAAUGACCGUCUCACCUAAAAGCUCGAACUUGUUAGGGAAACUAAGCCACUAGUUACAUAUCCCGCAAACGGGAGUCCUCAACAAAAUCGAUCUGAAUUAAAUCAAUUAAUGGCGGAUAAGGUGAUUGUCCUGGGCACUCGUUUCAGCAUGUUCUCUACGAGGGCAAAUGUGGCUUUGUACGAGAAGGGAGUGGAGUUUGAGUACAGGGAAGAAGACUUGAGCAACAAAAGUCCACUUCUUCUUCAGACAAACCCUAUCCACAAGAAAGUCCCUGUCUUGAUCCACAAUGGCAACCCCAUCUCUGAGUCUUUGAUAAUCGUCGAGUAUAUCGAUGAGGUCUGGAAAGAUAAUGAUAAGUCUCCAUUGUUGCCCUCCAAUCCCUACCAGAGAGCUCGCGCCAGAUUCUGGGCUGAUUUUAUCGACAAGAAAGUGUCUUAUUCGACAAGAAAGAUUUGGGCACUCAAAGGGGAAGAACAUGAGGCGGGCAAGAAAGAAUUCAUCGAGGCCCUUGAGAUGUUGGAAGGGGAGUUAGGGGACAAACCCUACUUCGGAGGCGAUCACUUUGGAUUUCUUGAUGUGGCUUUGGUGACUUACUAUUGUUGGUUUGAGUCGUACGAAAUUUGUGGUAAUUUUAGCAUCGAAGAGCAUUGCCCGAAACUAGUAGCAUGGGGCAAACGGUGUAUGGCGAGGGAGAGUGUUUCCAAGUCCUUGGCGGAUCCAAAGAAGGUUUACGAGUAUGUUUUGCUUUUGAAGAAGAAGUACGGCUUUUAAUAGCCUUACUUGUUCAUUUUGUCGAAUAUUUGAUGUGAUGUUUUAUAAUUUUUAUUCCUCCUCCUUUGUUUUUUCUUUUUUCUUUUUCAUAUUAUUAUUAUAGUUGAAGUUUGUGUCAUAAAUAAUGUGGUCUUGCUCGUGUAAGUUUGGAAAGUAUAAAAUAAGAGGAAUCUUUUAUUGCA